CAACGACGGCAAAGUCGAUUGGAACCACCUCGUGAGAUACCUCGUUUACCGUUUCCUGAUCCGCUCUACCAAGACCAGUGGUAUCUGGUAGGCAGAGCGGUAGGUAACUAUGAUAUGAACGUUCGCGAAGCGUGGCUCAUGGGAUACGCUGGCCGUAAUGUAUCGGUAUCCAUCCUUGAUGACGGAAUUCAAAGGGACCAUCCUGAUCUCAUUACUAAUUACGAUCCACUUGCCAGUACCGAUAUAAACGAUCAUGAUGAUGACCCUACCCCUCAGAAUAACGGCGAUAACAAGCAUGGUACUCGAUGUGCUGGCGAGGUGGCAGCCAUAGCUGGCAACCAGCAUUGCGGUGUUGGAGUAGCUUUCAAAGCAAAAAUUGGAGGGGUUCGGAUGCUUGACGGGGCUGUGUCUGAUAGUGUCGAGGCUGCUUCUCUUUCGCUCAACCAGCAACAUAUUGAUAUCUAUUCGGCUAGUUGGGGGCCUGAAGAUGAUGGCAAAACCUUUGAUGGUCCAGGACCACUGGCGAGAGAAGCUUUUUACCGAGGAAUUAAGAAUGGUCGACGUGGGAAAGGAAACAUCUUUGUAUGGGCUAGUGGAAAUGGUGGUUCAAGGCAAGAUUCCUGCUCUGCUGACGGAUAUACGACAUCAGUUUACACCUUGUCCAUCUCAUCCGCAACCUACGAUAAUCACCGUCCCUGCCCUGAUCUCACAUGGAGAGAUAUGCAGCAUAUCGUUUUGCGCACAGCAAAUCCUACACCUUUGCUUGGAAAUCCCGGUUGGUCCCAAAACGGCGUCGGAAGAAUGAUAAGCAACAAGUUCGGAUAUGGUCUGAUGGACGGAGGUGCACUUGUGAAACUGGCCAGAACUUGGAAGACUGUUCCUGAACAACACAUUUGCACAUACGAGUACAAAUUGGCGGCACCAAAUCCAAGACCCAUCAAUGGUCGCUUCCAAAUGAACUUUACUCUCGAUGUUAAUGGUUGUGAAUCAGGAACGCCUGUUUUGUACCUGGAACAUGUCCAAGUUCAUGCCACAGGUAGGGUUAAACUCGAUUUGCGAUCACUUUUCUGA